AUGGAGCAAACCUUCAUCAUGAUCAAGCCCGAUGGGGUCCAGAGAGGUCUUGUUGGUGAAAUCAUCGGAAGAUUUGAGAAAAAGGGUUUCUCCCUCAAAGGUUUGAAGCUAAUUACUGUGGACCGCUCUUUUGCUGAGAGACACUAUGCCGACCUUUCUGCAAAACCAUUUUUCAAUGGGCUUGUUGAGUACAUUAUCUCUGGUCCUGUUGUUGCUAUGGUUUGGGAGGGAAAGAACGUUGUAACCACUGGCCGAAAGAUUAUUGGAGCUACUAACCCUGCUGAAUCAGCUCCUGGAACUAUCCGUGGAGACUAUGCAAUUGACAUUGGAAGGAAUGUCAUUCAUGGAAGCGACUCAGUCGAGAGUGGUAGGAAGGAAAUUGCCCUUUGGUUCCCUGAAGGACCUGUUAGCUGGGAAAGCAGCCUUCACCCCUGGAUUUAUGAAUAG